AUGCAUUACAAAUUAAGGUGUGGAAAUCUCAAACUAAUCUCUGAUAUGAAUAUUGUCAAACAAAAAGUAUAUUUAAUUAACAUAAUUGUAUUGCUCAAAUAAAAUAAAUAUGAAUUCAUAUCAGCAAAGUUUCUUGCUUUCUUUUGGUUAAAGAAUUAUCAAUCCAAAUUUUAAAAGUCUCUUAGAAUAAAAUUAAUAAAACUAAUUAAAAAUUAAUUUUCUAUUUCUUUUUUUAUCUAUCUUAGUAGGAAGAGUGAAAAAAAGAAAGUUAUUUGA